UCCAACUCAUCGCCCAACUUUAAAAAAAAUCAAGACAUGGCAAUGGAUAUUGGAAAAGUUUCCCGUAUUUUAAUUCAGGAUGAAACACUUGUCACGAAUUGGGAGGAAUUUUAUACCUGUCUGAAUUUUUUAGAUCCUGAUUUUAACCAAUUGAAAAACUCUUACUCAAAUUCCACCAUCACAACGUUCACAUUAUUUAGUACAAUUUUGAAACGAUGGGUCUCAGCGAGGGGAGAUUGGGGCCGAUUACCUACUCUGAUUCAAAUCCUGAAGCAGAACGAUUUCAUCAUGUCCGCAGAAGUGCUUGAAUCCAAUUGUAUUCCAAUUACUACCGCCCCAAGCGACCCCGUCAAACCAUUCAUAUUUCAACUUGGCAAAUCAUCCCCCACUUUCACUGGACGACACAAACAACUCGCAUUGCUACAAUUGUUCAUGAAAUCCAGAGUAACCGUCGCAGUGACGGGAUUGCCCGGAAUCGGAAAAACGUCCCUGUUAAGGAAAUUUGCCUGGACCGUUAUCGAACGAGAAGGGUGCUCCUGUAUCUACCUUUUAGGCGAGAACUCUUCCACGAUUACCACCUCGAUCCAUAAAUUGGGACAGUUAACAUCAACCCCAAUUCGUAAUGAGGGAACGGAUGAAUUAAGAACGCCUGCGGAAAUCUUGCUGUCCGCAUUAUCAAGUCUGCCAGCAAGGCCCAGUAAAAAAAUUCUCCUAGUGAUUGAUAAUGUUGACGAGAUUAAUGAAAUUGUUGCCUCAAUACUUCGCGAACUGAUCCUCUACCCGGAAAAAUGGUUUGUUCUCGUCACAUCGCGAAAUGUUGCGGUGCUGUCUUGUAUUCAGGACGAGAUCCGGUUAACCCCGUUGGAUGGGGGAGAUGCCGCCGGGUUGAUAAGGGGACUACUUCCGGACGAAAAGGCAGACAUGGUGGGAAACUUGGCUACGCUGAUGGACAACUUUCCCUUAGCGAUUAAACAAGCAGUCGCCUACAUUAGGCAUGCAAGGAGGAUUAAAAAUGAAAAGUAUUCAAUUCAGAAUUAUAUGGCGGAAUUUCGAAUUCGUAAAAUGGAAAUGCUACAACAACCGUUAUCACCGCUGGACUCGGAGGGGUAUCAAUUGACAUCCUUCACCGCGAUAAGAAUGACGGUGAGCAAAAUUGUGGAAGAUGCUGACGGGGAAGGUGGCAUGGCUGAAAUUGUGCUGAAAUUAGCAUCCUAUUUAAAUCCGGAUAAGAUUAAUUUCAAAUUUAAGAAAUAUCUUGUGCAGAAAAUUUCUAAACAAUGCGGAAGACAAAGAUGGUUUGGUACUAGUAGAAUCAAAAACUAUUUUGAAAGUAAUUUUUCUAUUUUUUCCCCAUGAAGUGCAACUGAGGCAGUUCGCGCUAUAUGAGAAACAUAUAGUAUGUUGUUCCUAAUUCUUAUGGAGAAUGUCGGGCGCUCGUAUGGCGAAACGUUUUGACCUACAGGUUUCAACUAAGCGGCGUUGGAUACAUCUCACCGAGCUUUAAAAUGACAUUUCUCAGAAUUACAGUAUCUCGAACCAUACCAAAGAUAUCAACGUUAAUACGUUUUUUCGCGCCAAAAAUCUUAAAAGCUACCCCAAAUGGGUUGGGUGCAUGAUAGAGACAUACAUGCAAUUACAAAUAUGUCCAGAAGUACUUCAGCUACAACGUUAGUUUGAAACUUUUUUUUGAUUAAGGCUUCAGUUUGGAGCAAAGUUCGAAUUUGUGUGAUUUUUCGUGAUUAAAAGUGUCAAUUUGUUCGCGGACCUACAGCCAAAGCGUUACGUUUUAGAGACUUGGACCUUAAGAAAAUUAUGUAGGAGAGGGUCCAACUUAUGACCCUCAGAGGACAUACUUUUUUGAAUUCGGUCAUGGUUUCUGAGUUAUGGCGCGAUUUUUUAAACGGUUUGAAAUUUUAAUUUUUCAUAAGGUUACGUGUACUACCUUAGAUGGUAUAAUCUAAUAUGGAUAGGAUCAUGAGUGUUGUGCAAAAAUUUAUGCUUCACAAUUUUAUAUGUGAGAUAUACAUGAAUUCUGGACCAUUUCUAAACCAUGAAAGUCAAAAGUGAACAUGACCAUUAUAUGUACUAUAUUAAUAAAGACAUACAUACAUACAUACAUAUGUACUAUAUUAAUUGUAUUUCCUUUAUCUUUACUUCUAAGUUACUUUAUACUAAUUGAUUAUAUAUUAUGUGGUGUUAGAGAUUUAUACUUUUCUUAUAUUUUUAACUGUAAAUAAAGCCAAGUCUCACGGUACCCACUGGCGCGCGAAAUUCAGUCCGCCCAGUCUACGAGUUGAAUUUCACAUGUGAUUACAAAUUUAUACGGAAAUAAAAUCCGAGCUUAACAUAUCUGAAUCGUGUGAAAAAUGCCGAAAAAACUACAAAAGCGCAGCAUCACCAAGGUGACCUGCCAUCGGGCGUCAUGGUGAAAUUUGACGAUUGGCGUAUUGCCGGAACAAAGGACGGCUUAUUCGAGCUGAAACCUGUCGAUGUCGUGUACACCGGGAAACAAAAGCAGGAAAUCCAACGGCGGAUGCUUCCUAUUGUUCUUUGCUGGGCCGUGACCGUGCACAAGGUUCAAGGGAUCACCGUUGACCGUGCAGUGGUGUAUUUGGGAGCCGAGGUCUUUGCUCCCGGGCAGGCAUAUGUUGCUCUCAGCCGGGUUCGCACACUGGAGGGAGUAGCGAUUGUGGCGCAGGACGAUAACAAAUUAAUGGCUCAACCGUCUGAAAAGUUACUUGUGGAGAUGGCUCGACUUCGUAGUUUGUAGAUGUAUUUUUAAAAUGUCAUUACUAAUGGAUAAUAAAUCGGUAUCAUUUGAAAUUUGAAA